UGGGCCGACUGCCAUGGGAAGAGCCUCCAGAAUGCUCCAAGUUCUCUUCCAAGCAACAUCACCAGUUUGGACCUCUCCUUCAACUCCUUGGUCAUGCCCCAUCACAGGACUCUUUUGAUGCAUUUUCCUUCCCUGCAUACCCUCAACCUCUCUAGCAAUGCCUUGCUGGUUCUGAGUCCAGCAGCCUUCUCCAACCUCAGGGCACUGCGUCUGCUGGACCUGAGUAGUUGCAGCAUUGCGUACCUCCACAUGGACGCUUUCAAGGGUUUGGGAAACUUGCACACUCUGCUCCUAAGAAGCAACAGUCUGCAAGAGCUUGAGGUCUCUUUGUUCCUGCCACUGAAGGCACUUUUCCACCUGGACCUGCAGCAGAAUGCGCUGGUCUCUGUGGACAUGUGGAGCCUGCAGCUGAUGGACACAGUCCCGCAGGUCCGGCUGGAAGGGAAUCCCUGGCUCUGUGACUGCAGUGCGCACCCUCUGCAGCAGUGGCUGCGGCGCAGGCAAGCUGUGCAGGUGACCUGCGCAUCACCCCCAUGGCUGCGGGGCCGGGAGCUCACAGCACUGGAUUCCCAGGACUUGGGCUGCUGGGUGAAGCAGCGGUUUUCUCGGGAGGUCAGCACGGUGCAGCAGAUCACAGUGACCUACAGCAACACCACUGCCCCACCCACUGGGAAAGGGGGAAGGAGCUGGCCGUACCUGGUGGGCUUCCUGGUGGCAGCAAUUGGCAUCUCCAUCCUGAUCGCGCUGGUUGCCAAGUGCAAGGUGUUCCACAAGAACUUCACCAGCUACCACCACCGGCCACUGCCCGAAACCAGCUCGAUUGGAGGCAGCCCCAUGGAGGACAGCAGCAGCUGGGACAGGAGCUCCUCAGGCCAGGGGGCCUGUGAGAACCACCCCAUGCCUGGUCCUGCUGACCUGCAAGGUGAGGAUGAUGAUGGCUUCAUUGAGGACAACUAUAUUCAGCCAAGUGAGCAGGUGCCGGAGGAAGAGGAGCGGCAGUUGCACCUCUCCAUAUGA